UUUGACUGUCAUCAGUAGAAGUGUUUGGAGUCAGGGCGACAAAUCAGUAUAAGAGGCUGUUUUCAACCUCACCGACCAGCUGUAAAAUCAGGUGGUUCCUGCUCAUGUUGAACAGAUGGUGCUGAUUAAAGAAGAAGCUCCUGAAGAAUGGAGGCCUGGUGUGGACCAGCUGGACCCAGAAGCCCUCAACAUAAAAGAAGAAGAAGAGGAGGAACCUUGGAGCAGACUGGAGGGAGAGCAGCUGAAUGUGAAGGAGGAGACUGAUGUCAGCGGGUUUUCAAUUAUUACAGUUACCUUGAAGAGUGAAGAUGAUGAAGAUGAUGAAGAGAAGCCUCUGUUGUCACAGCUUCAUCAGCACCAAGUGGAGGACAGAGAUCUUCCAAGCAGCAGCUCAGCUGAUGGAGAGGACUGUGGAGGAGCAGAAACUAGCAGGAACCCAGAUCUACAGACUCACAAAGACCAUUCCAGCUCUUCAGAGACUGAACUCAGUGAGGAUUAUGAAGAGGACCAGGAUGUGGACUACCAACACAACAACACAGUGAAAAUAACAGGAGAGACUUGCAGGAACAUCCAGACAGAACCAAAAACAUUUAAAUGUGUCGACUGCAAAAAAACAUUUGUCAGUAAAAAGUAUCUAAAGGCACACAUGGUGGUCCACGCUGGAGUCAAACUGUUUCCUUGUGAUGUUUGUGGACAAAGAUUUAACCGUAAGUCAAACCUAAAUAUACACAUGAGAAUCCACACAGGAGACAAACCGUUCUCAUGUGAUGUMUGUGGACAAAGAUUUAGACGUAGUGACUUUUUAAACAACCACAUGAGUGUCCACAAAGGAGAGGAACAGUUUCCAUGUGAUGUUUGUGGACAAGGGUUUGAUCACUAUGUCGCUUUAAAAAGACACACGGAGAGCCACAGAGUGGACAAACCGUGUCUGU